GUCCGUUUCCUCUGUUGUGAUUUCUUUUCUAAUACUUUUAGAUCUUUGAAACGUCUCCUCCCCUCCUGAAAUUUAAGCCUCUUCAAAGCCCCUCCUACAUGAUCUAUGUUUAACUCCAAAGUGCAAGCUGUACAUGACAAAAACAGCAAGGGAUCCAGCUGUUUUGAGGUCUAAAGAAAAUGAAGUGACCUCCUUGGCUGUUUUCUCCAAAACCGAAAAAUCUCAUCAGAGACAAAACAGAUUUGGCGGACUACGAAUGUUUCUUUUGGAUGCCUUGUUUCUGUGUAAAUAUCUAAAAAAAAAUUUUACCUUUGUUUUGAUGCCCCAGGUGUUGUGACAGGCAACUGGUUUAAAAAAAACACAUCAAGAAGAAUUCAAAAUGGCAAGUGACCAUACUAAUUGCUAUCAUUGCAUGGACUCCCUUUCUGGGAAGCAGUAUGCCAUAAAAGAAGAGAAUGCUUACUGUGUCAAGUGCUAUGACGGCCUGUUUGCUAACUUCUGUGAGGAAUGCAAGAAGCCCAUUGAAUGUGACUCCAAGGAUCUUGCUUAUAAAGGCUGCCAUUGGCACGAAGCCUGCUUCAAGUGCGCCAAGUGCCGUCACUCUCUGGUCGAGAAACCCUUCGCUGCCAAAGAUGAGCUCCUGCUGUGCACAGAGUGUUAUUCUAAUGAGUACUCAUCAAAGUGCUUCCACUGCAAGAGGACCAUUAUGCCUGGUUCUCGUAAAAUGGAAUUUAAAGGAAAUUGUUGGCAUGAAGCUUGCUUCGUUUGCCAACAUUGUCGGCAACCACUAGGAACAAAGCCUUUGAUUACCAAGGACGACGACAACUAUUGUGUGCCUUGUUUUGAGAAGCAGUUUGCUCAGUGUUGUUACUCCUGCAAAAAGGUGAUAACCUCUGGCGGAGUGACUUAUCAUGACCAGCCAUGGCACAAAGAAUGCUUUCUAUGUACUGGAUGUGGGAAGCAGCUUGCAGAGCAGCGGUUUAUUUCCAAAGAUGAACAUCCAUACUGCCUCGACUGCUUCAGCAGACGUUAUGCAAAGAAGUGUGUGGCCUGCACCAAGCCCAUUACAGCUCUCGGUGGAGCCAAUUUUAUCUCGUUUGAGGAUCGCCAGUGGCACAGCGACUGCUUUCAGUGCAGCAAAUGUGCCAGCUCCCUGGUGGGAAAGGGCUUCCUCACCCAGCAGGACGAGAUCCUGUGCUGCAAGUGUGGGAGUGCGGCAUAGUUCAAGGGAUCCGAAAGCAGGCCCGCGACUUCCCCUGCAUGUAACCACAGACAUCACCACCCAGCAGUCAGAAAUCUGUCUAACAAGUAUAAUGGUUGUUUAGUCAUGCAAAUCACUUUCUGACAGCAUUUCUAUCACAGCGGUAUUCAUUCCUUGCAUCCUGUAUAACCACUUUGAAAAACAGUAUUCUUGCUAGGAAGUCAGUUCCAAAGAUAUAUAUUAUCCUGUAUAUUGCCUGUAUACGUGUGGUUUUUUCCCUUGUAGAAGAGUGCACUCUACUGUUGGGAGUACAAGAAUGUACAAUGGUGUGCUUAAAUA